AUGGAUACUCCAGGGAACUUGAAGACAUCAAGCUCCGAAUUCGACCUGGAUCGCCCCAAUAUUGAAGACUACCUUCCUUCCGGAUCCUCCAUCCAGGAGCCUCAUGGAAAGCUUCGUUUGCGUGAUUUGCUUGAUAUUUCACCUACUCUUACAGAGGCAGCUGGUGCUAUUGUUGAUGACUCAUUUACACGGUGUUUCAAGUCAAAUCCUCCAGAACCAUGGAACUGGAAUGUGUAUUUGUUUCCCCUUUGGUGUUGUGGUGUGGUGAUUCGUUAUGGAAUUUUGUUCCCUGUCAGGGUUCUGGUACUGGCAAUUGGGUGGAUCAUUUUUCUUGCAUCCUACAUUCCAGUGCAUAUUCUGCUGAAAGGGCAGGACAAACUGAGAAAAAAGAUAGAGAGGUGUUUGGUGGAGUUAAUCUGUAUGUUUUUUGUUGCAUCGUGGACUGGAGUUGUCAAGUACCAUGGACCACGACCUAGCAUGAGGCCUAAACAGGUUUUUGUGGCCAAUCAUACUUCCAUGAUUGAUUUCAUCAUCUUAGAGCAGAUGACUCCAUUUGCUGUGAUCAUGCAGAAACACCCUGGUUGGGUUGGACUUUUGCAAAGCACUAUACUAGAGAGUGUAGGAUGUAUCUGGUUUAAUCGUUCAGAGGCGAAGGAUCGUGAAAUUGUGGCAAAGAAGUUAAGGGAUCAUGUCCGGGGAGCUGAUAAUAACCCUGUUCUCAUAUUUCCAGAAGGAACUUGCGUAAAUAACCACUACACUGUGAUGUUUAAGAAGGGUGCGUUUGAACUAGACUCUACUGUUUGUCCAAUCGCAAUCAAGUACAAUAAAAUUUUUGUUGAUGCCUUUUGGAACAGCCGAAAGCAGUCCUUCACAAUGCAUCUGCUGCAGCUGAUGACAUCUUGGGCUGUUGUUUGUGAUGUGUGGUACUUGGAGCCCCAGAAUCUGAGACCUGGAGAGACUCCCAUUGAGUUUGCAGAGAGGGUCAGAGACAUUAUAUCUGUGCGAGCUGGUCUCAAAAAAGUUCCUUGGGAUGGAUAUCUGAAGUACUCUCGCCCUAGCCCAAAACACAGAGAGCGCAAGCAACAAAGUUUUGCCGAGUCAGUUCUACGGAGCCUGGAGGAGAAGUGA